UUUUUGGACGCAGACUGCUACGGUCGCACUGUGGUACAAUAUUAUUUCCAGUAAAGGAAAGGGAAAACCCCGAAGAAAACACGGAAUCACCAUGAACCGUUACGCGGUAAGCUCGCUGGUGGGCCAGGGAUCCUUCGGGUGCGUCUACAAGGCGACGCGCAAGGACGACAGCAAGGUGGUAGCCAUCAAAGUGAUCUCCAAGCGUGGAAGGGCCACCAAGGAGCUUAAGAAUCUGCGCAGGGAGUGCGACAUCCAGGCCCGACUAAAGCACCCGCACGUCAUCGAGAUGAUCGAGUCCUUUGAGUCGAAGACGGACCUCUACGUGGUCACCGAGUUCGCGCUGAUGGACCUGCACCGCUACCUAUCGUACAACGGAGCCAUGGGCGAGGAGCCAGCGCGCCGGGUGACCGGGCACCUGGUGUCCGCCCUGUACUAUCUGCACUCCAACCGCAUCCUGCACCGAGACCUCAAGCCGCAGAACGUGCUGCUGGACAAGAACAUGCACGCCAAGCUCUGCGAUUUCGGGCUGGCCCGCAACAUGACGCUGGGCACCCACGUGCUUACCUCGAUCAAGGGAACGCCCCUGUACAUGGCCCCGGAGCUGCUGGCGGAGCAGCCGUACGACCACCAUGCGGACAUGUGGUCCCUCGGCUGCAUCGCCUACGAGAGCAUGGCCGGGCAGCCGCCGUUCUGCGCCAGCUCCAUCCUCCACCUGGUCAAAAUGAUCAAGCACGAAGACGUGAAGUGGCCGAGCACGCUAACCAGCGAGUGCCGCUCCUUCCUGCAGGGUCUGCUCGAAAAGGAUCCCGGCAUGCGUAUUUCGUGGACGCAGCUGUUGUGCCACCCCUUCAUCGAGGGCCGCAUCUUCAUCGCCGAGCUGCAGGCGGAGGCGGCCAAAGAGUCGCCCUUUACAAAUCCCGCGGUCAAGGUGAAGCUGGCUAAGCCUUCCUCAAACAAAGAGGAGACUGGUGAUCUGGAAGAAGCCCUUGCCGCUUUAAACUUCGGCGAGGCGCGUCAGGAGAACAUAAGCACCUCCCGCGACAGCAUCAACGCCAUUGCGCCUAGCGAUGUAGAGCAUCUGGAGACAGAUGUGGAGGACAACAUGCAACGCGUGGUUGUUCCGUUCGCGGACACCUCUUUCAGGGAUCUGGCCGGUGUCGGUGUGCGGGGAUUGCCGGUGGUCCACCAACCACUGGUUAACUCGCAUACCUGCUUCGUGAGCGGCAACUCGAACAUGAUCCUCAAUCACAUGAACGACAACUUUGACUUUCAGGCCUCCUUGCGAGGCGUGGUCGCCAAGCAAAAAGUCGUUCCUCCCGUGAAGCAGUCGCGAAGCAAGGAUCUGGAGAAGCGGAAGCUCAGCCAGAAUCUAGACAACUUCUCGCUGCGCUUGGGUCAAAGCGUCGACACGGAGGCGCAACGCAAGACCACUGAGAUUCUCACCCAGGAGAAGCUGACACAGGAGAAGAAGCCCCCUUCUCAACCCAAUCCUCAGCCACCGCAGCAACAAACCCAGCAACUAAAGCACUCAAUGCACUCAACCAACGAGGAGAAGCUGAGCAGCGACAACACACCGCCCUGCCUGCUUCCAGGAUGGGACAGCUGCGAUGAGUCCCAGAGUCCGCCCAUCGAGAACGAUGAGUGGCUGGCCUUCCUAAACCGAUCGGUGCAGGAGCUGCUCGACGGCGAACUGGACUCACUGAAGCAGCACAACCUGGUGAGCAUCAUUGUGGCGCCGCUGCGCAACUCCAAGGCCAUUCCCCGGGUGCUCAAGAGCGUAGCCCAGCUACUGUCGCUGCCCUUUGUGCUGGUGGAUCCCGUGCUGCUCGUCGACCUGGAGCUGAUCCGCAACGUGUAUGUGGACGUCAAGCUGGUGCCCAAUCUCAUGUACGCCUGCAAGCUGCUUCUGUCGCACAAGCAGCUCUCGGACUCCGCCGCCUCGGCCCCACUAACGGUGGGCUCGCUCAGCCGGACGCUGCGAAGCAUCCCGGAGCUAACUGUUGAGGAGCUUGAGACGGCCUGCAGUCUGUACGAACUGGUCUGCCAUCUGGUGCACCUGCAGCAGCAGUUCCUCACCCAGUUCUGCGAUGCCGUGGCCAUUCUGGCGGCGAGCGAUCUCUUCCUUAACUUUCUCACUCAUGACUUUAGACACUGUGACUCCGACUCUGCCUCUGUGCGCCUGGCUGGCUGCAUGCUGGCCUUGAUGGGCUGUGUGCUGCGCGAGCUGCCCGAAAACGCCGAGUUGGUGGAGCGGAUCGUAUUCAAUACGCGGCUAAACUUCGCCUCGCUCCUGCAGAGCCGCCACCACCUGUUACGGCAACGAGCCUGCCAGCUCCUGCGUCUGCUGGCCCGCUUCAGUCUGCGAGGAGUUCAGCGCAUUUGGAACGGGGAGCUGCGAUUUGCACUGCAACAGCUGUCCGAGCACCACUCGUACCCGGCCCUUCGCGGAGAGGCCGCCCAGACCCUCGACGAGAUCAGCCACUUCACUUUUUUCGUUACCUAGCCGGCACUUUCUUUUAUUGGCCUCAGGCGUCUCUAUCCGAGCAGAUCCUGAAAGUUGCCCUGGAAGUAUUCGAGCAGCUCGUCGAUGUAGUUUCCGAAGCGGUCAAAGCUAAGUAGGUAGUCCUCGCUGCAGUCCUGUUCGUACAUCUCGUUCAGCUUGGAUACAUCCUUGUCGGAGAGGCCGCGUCUCUGGCCCAGCGAGGCGUACGGAUCCUGGCAGCGAAUGAUAGGGAUGAGCAGCAGGACAUUAAACUAUCAGUAACCAUUAAAUCUCCUAAAGAAUCUCACCGCCCUUCAACAGAAACGGGUUUUAUGUUCUGUUAACCACUAAUUAUGGAACUACUAAACUGUAAACAUUUUUUGAAGAAUACAUCCAACUAAACAAGUAAUUAAUUUGCUUGUACAAAUAUUAUAGGCAUACCUGAAACUAAUAAUGAUUUUUAUUGUUCGAAAUAGCUGUCUUAUUUUCUAAGAAAUUAUCGAAUCAUUAAUUUAAUCAGAUCAUUGUCUGUCUUAGAUAUGCCUAUAUAACUGUUAAAUUUAAAUGUUUCAUGAACCGAGAACUGUUUUCUAAAUGAUUGAGAAAUCUUAUUGACCCCCCAUAAUAUAUAAGUUUAAUUAAAAUGCACAUUAUCAAAUGGAUCGAUAUAUCAAUUAUUGUUGAUGUAAAAUUGAUGAAGAGGAAUUAAUAAUUCUUCGGUAAAAAUAUAUUAAUGUUAGAGUAAAUAAGUUGUAUAGGAUAAGUUGCCUAUAAUAGGCAAAUUCACUGAAUGCUCAUAAAAUAUCUUCAAUGGAUAAGUAGUAUCAUAACUAUUGAAUGUAAACGAUUAGCAAUAAAUGCUCAAUUUAUGUAUGUUCUAUUAA